AUGGCCACGUCGAUUUUAGUCGCAUUAAACAUGGUCAUACCUAUGUUAAUGGCAUUUACUUCAUAUCGUAAUAUGGUGAAUUUUUAUUUCUCAAGUGCUGCUUUAUCGAGUUCAUUACUUAACUGUUUAUACAUUUAUUAUCUAGCGCAAACACUUCGUUCAAAAGUACUUUCAGAAAACAAUUGCCGAGCGAUUUAUUAUUUGCAAACAUCGUGCACUGUUGUUCUUGCUUAUACGAUAGCAGCGAUGCAUGCAAAUUUUGUUUUAUGUUUAUUAUCAUCACCCUCGCCACCAUCGUCCGAUCAACAUCAUUCAUCACGUACUUGUUUGCAAUCUUGUGGUAUUUGUUUGCGUCGAUUUUUUCGUCGUUUUUGUUUUUGUCUUGUACUUUGUGUAUGGUCAUUAUCGUUUACAGCCACAAUACCAUUACUUUAUACAAUUGAUUCGAAUGAAAAAACUCCUAGACCUGUCUAUUGUCCAGGUUCAACACAAAUCAGUUAUAUCGAAGAAUGGAUUGAUCAUAAUCGUCUUGUGCAAAGCUUUAUAUUUAAUUUAAUACCUUUAUUAACUACAUUAUUCAUAUCUUUAAUUGCUUUGUUAAAACUAUUUUAUGAUUGCCUUUGUUAUUUUUAUUUUCGUUUAAAAAUGUCUAAAUAUUGUUCAUCGUGUCGAAAACGAUCACACCGUCGUAAACAAAAUCAACAGUCAUCUCUACCUAAUUCAAUAUCCAUGCUUUCAUCGCUCGGUAUUAUCAGUAACAAUAAUAACAAUAUUAACAAUCAAAGUGGCUUCAGUCUAGCAGCAACAAUUGAAUCACCAACACCGACAAGUGAAGCAUCAAUAACAUCAUCAAAUUUCGUUAUACAAUCAUGUGGGCAUUGGUGUUCAUCAUCAUUUCUACGAUUUUUACUUGUUUUAUCAUGUUGCUUAUUAGCGUGUAUUUAUCCGAUCGCUAUGCGUUUUUAUCUAGUCUACUUUUCUGUAUUGAUACCACUGAUAUUUGCCGUACUUAACUAUUCUUUAGGACAACUGACUCCAACAGUAAAAGCAGCAGCAGCAGCAGCAGCAACAACAACAACAACAACAAGAACAACAGCAACGGCUAAUAUAACAGCGGCGACUUUAACAGAAGAACAAACAAUUGUUGAAAACCAUAAUAGGAUUGUACCGCUGAUAAUUAUGAAUUCUAUUGAUACAGAUAAUGAUAAAUUAAUAAAACAAAAUUCGUCUUGUAGAAAUGAACACGCUUGUUCCAAUGAAGAAUAUGAAUUGCAAUCACCAUUAAUGACUUCUUUAAUGCAUGAUAAUGAUGGUACAGAUGAACAUGAACAUUAUCAGAUAACUUCAUCAGUAUCAUCGCAAUCAUCAGCAACGCCAACAACCAUACAUAUGCAAGAAAAUCGGUCACCUUUAACAGGAAAACAAAAAUAUUUUUCGAACAAUUUAUAUGAAAAUUAUAGUCGAAAUAUGUCAAUGAGAUAG